AUGAUAAGCAAGUGUCUCCAGGCCAUCGCUUCCGGGAAAACGAUGUACGCAGGAUGCAAAGAGUUCGGAGUUCCGAUGUCCACGAUCCGGUACCGGAUGAGUGGACGUUGGCAGAAGAAAUACAAGCCAGGUCCACAAUCCGUGUUGACAAAACCAGAGGAGCAGAGAAUCGUCGAAUGGCUAAAAGGAAUGCAGGAUCGUGGUUUCCCGGUUUCACGGAAAGCUUUGCUGUUUAAAAUAUCUGAAUAUUUGUCAUCGGAUCCUCAACGACGUACACCAUUUCGCAAUAACCGACCAGGACGCAAAUGGAUGCUUGGUUUUAUGCGACGCAACCCGGGAUUCUCUUACCGCACACCAGAGGCAAUAUCAUCAGCAGGUGGCCGCGUGAGUGAGAAGGAUAUUCGCGGUUGGUUCCAGAUGAUUGAUGACUGGCUCACGAAGAACGGAUUGCGAGAAGUAUUGGACGACCCUGCUAGAGUGUUCAAUGGGGACGAGACCUCUUUUUACCUUCAUCCAAAAUCGAAGGAAUCAGUCUUGUACUGCCCAUAA